GUGUUUCCGGUUGGGCGGGAGGAGCGUCUGCUUAGGCAGGUGUGGGUUUAGGCGCUGUUCGGUCCACGCCGGGAAGAUGUUCUAUCACAUCUCCCUGGAGCACGAGAUCCUGCUGCACCCGCGCUACUUCGGCCCCAACCUGCUCAACACCGUAAAGCAGAAGCUCUUCACCGAGGUGGAGGGGACUUGCACCGGCAAGUAUGGCUUUGUAAUCGCUGUCACCACCAUUGACAACAUUGGUGCUGGUGUGAUCCAGCCAGGCCGAGGAUUUGUUCUUUAUCCGGUUAAGUACAAGGCCAUUGUCUUCCGGCCCUUUAAAGGGGAGGUUGUGGAUGCUGUUGUCACUCAGGUCAACAAGGUGGGGCUCUUCACAGAAAUCGGACCUAUGUCCUGCUUCAUCUCCCGACAUUCCAUCCCAUCAGAGAUGGAGUUUGACCCCAAUUCCAACCCACCGUGUUACAAGACAAUGGAUGAGGACAUUGUGAUUCAGCAGGACGAUGAGAUCCGCUUGAAGAUUGUGGGGACCCGUGUGGACAAGAAUGACAUUUUUGCUAUUGGCUCUCUGAUGGACGACUACUUGGGGCUUGUGAGCUGAGCACUGGGACCCUCUGCUCUGUUUGGUCCUUAUCUAGGAGAUAUGGUGGUCACAAACCUCAUGGAGUCCAGAGGCCCGGUCUGGCUGCUGUUGGGGAGGCAAAGAAGGCUCCUUGUCCCCAGAAAACACUGGGUGGUUCUGCUUAGCAACCACUCCCCAGAUUUUUGACACUGCAUUCUAACCAUAAAGGUCCUGUUCUCAUGGAA